AAGACAGAGAGAGAGAGAGAGAGAGAGAGAGAGAGUGAGAGUGGAGCUGGAGAGAAGGGGAGUAAGAGAUCAGAGCUUCAAUUCGUCCAAAUUUGGGUGGAAUUUGGAUCGAUUUCGCUUUUUCUCUCUUCUUUUUGGGUAUAGCUAAAAUCUGCGAAAAGUCUCAGCUGAUAACCCUAAACCUUGUGGAUUACAGAGAAAUGGUGUAGAAUUUGAGAGAAAGUUUGGAGAUUUGCUCAUGCUUCCUGUUUAGGUUUAGAUCCGAGAGGAAAUCCUUAACCGAGCCCUAAUUCUAGGGCUCAUAAGGAUAAAGUAUUUUAGUUGUGCUCUCUAUCUGUUGGCAAGAUGAACUACUUCCCGGAGGAGGUGCUGGAGCAUAUCUUUGAUUUCCUUACUUCAGACCGGGACCGGAAUAAUGUCUCCACAGUAUGCCAGGCUUGGUAUAGGAUAGAACGUUAUAGUCGGAAGCAUGUUUUCGUUGGCAAUUGUUAUGCUGUGAGGCCAGAGCGGAUGGCGGCAAGGUUCCCAAGAUUGAGGUCACUCAAAGUGAAGGGAAAACACCAUUUUGCUGAUUUCAACUUGGUGCCUCCUGGUUGGGGUGGAUUUUUACAUUCAUGGAUUGAGACUGCUGCUCGAGAGUGCCCUUUCCUUGAAGAGCUUCAGUUGAAGAGGAUGGUCGUCCUUGACGAGAGUCUUGAACUCCUUGCUCAAUCUAUACCCAACCUUAAGUCUUUGGUCCUGAUCAGCUGUGAGGGGUUCAGCACAGAUGGACUUGCUGCCAUAGCUGCUCAUUGCAGAGUUUUAAGGGAGCUGGACUUACUUGAGAAUGAGGUGGAAGAUCGUGGUUCUCAAUGGCUCAGUUAUUUCCCUGAAUCUGGUACCUCUCUGGUUACCCUGAACAUUGCCUGCUUGAAAGGGGAAGUGAAUGCCGGGGCUUUGGAGAGGCUGGUUUCCAGAUCUCCAAAUCUCAGGAGUUUAAGGCUUAACCGUGCAGUGUCCGUGGAGACUCUUGCCAAAAUUCUUGCUUGUGCCCCCCAAUUGGUGGACCUUGGAACCGGUUCAUUUAUGCUUACAGACCGGCAUUCUGAUGCUUACCACAAGCUUUAUGGCAUGUUCCAUAAGUGCAACUCUUUGAGGAGCAUGUCAGGGUUUUGGAAUGCGGCCCCUCACUGCCUGCCUGCUUUGUAUCCCAUCUGCUCAAACUUCACUGUUCUAAACUUGAGCUAUGCUCCAACUAUUGAUGGCUCCGACCUUAUGAAGCUGAUUCAGCAAUGCUCAAGACUCCAGAAGCUUUGGAUUCUGGAUUGCAUUGGAGACAAAGGAUUGGAAGUUGUGGCGACAACUUGCAGGGAAUUGCAGGAACUCAGGGUGUUCCCGAGUGAUCCUGGUGGUGCCAUUGCCGAUGUGACAGAGGAAGGUCUGGUUUCUAUAUCUUCAGGCUGCAAGAAACUAAGCUCUCUGCUGUACUUCUGCUUCCAGAUGACCAAUGCCGCACUGAUUACUGUUGCAAAGAACUGCACCCGUUUCACGUGCUUCAGAUUAUGCAUUCUCGAUCCGAAGAAACCUGAUCCUGUGACUGAUGAACCUUUGGAUGAAGGCUUUGGAGCAAUUGUCCGGUCAAACAAGGAUCUCAGGCGGUUAUCAGUUUCAGGUCUUCUCAGUGAUCGAGUGUUCAUGUACAUUGGCAAGUACGCUGAACGCCUUGAGAUGCUCUCAAUUGCUUUUGCCGGUGAAACUGACAUGGCAAUGAUGCACGUAUUAAACGGGUGCAAAAGUCUGAGGAAGUUGGAGAUCAUGGACAGUCCGUUCGGUGAUGCCGCACUCUUGCAAGACGUCGAGAAGUAUGAAACAAUGCGAUCCCUUUGGAUGUCAUCCUGCGACGUUACAUUGGCAGGCUGCAAGACACUUGCAGCAAAAAUGCCGAGGUUGAAUGUGGAGAUCAUGAACCACAGGGAUGGAACGGAUGUCGAUCUCGAUGACACUGAUAAGGUCGAUAAAUUGUACGUGUAUCGGACGAUGGCCGGACCCCGGAGUGAUGCGCCGCGUUUUGUCUUGACACUAUAGAACUCUCAGGCUCUUUAUUUAGGUUCAGGCAGUGUUGGAAGUCCAUUUUCUCAAGAUAUGAUAUUGAACUAUGGUGGUAUUAUUAUUAACCCAGACAUUUGAGGAUUAUGUUUUCGGAUUGAUUAUAUGAUCUUGUAGUAAUGUAGCCAUUUGUUUUUCCAUUGAUAUUUAGUAAUCAAGUACUUAAAGAAGCUUUAAAAGAA